GUGGGGGAUCCAACAUGGCGGCUGCGGCGACCCUGGCGAUGGUGGUGGAGCCCAUCAGAACAUAGUGGCGGGGAAGGGGGCACGGUCCGCACUCACGGUGGCGUCGGCGGAGACGGCUGAGGGUGGUGGAGGGAAGAAAAGCGACGGAGCGCAAAAGGAAGGGCAGGCAGGCAAACAACUCGGCGUAGAACCGAGCGCCGGCUCGAGCGAAGGCAGAGGGCCAGAACAGUGGGGAUGGCGGAGCCACGCAGAGUAGCGUUUAUUAGCCUGUCACCGGUGAGGCGGCGCGAGGCCGAGUACCCGGGGGCCGAACGCGAGCCCGAGUACCCUCGCGAGCCCCCCCGGCUGGAGCCGCAGCCGUACCGCGAGCCAGCCCGGACGGAGCAGCCGGCCCCGCGGGAGGCUGCCCCCCGGUCGGACGCGCAGCCCCCGCCGCGGGAGAAGCCGCUCCCCCAGCGCGAGGUCAGCCGCGCCGAGCCGCCCAUGUCGCUGCAGCGCGAGCCCCCGCGGCCCGAGCCGCCGCCGCCGCCGCCGCCGCUCCCGCAGCUGCACUUGCAGCCGCCCCCGCAGCGGGAGUCGGCUUCCCGGGCCGAGCCGCCGCAGAGGCCGCCGAGGGAGACAGUGCGCCUGGAGCUGGUGCUCAAGGAUCCCACCGACGAGAGCUGCGUGGAGUUCAGUUAUCCGGAGCUGCUGCUGUGCGGAGAACAACGGAAGAAGCCCAUUUACAUGGAAGACCCGUUUAAUGAUGAUCAUCAAGAGAGACAAGAAGUGGAAAUGUUGGCUAAGAAGUUUGAAAUGAAAUAUGGUGGGAAACCCCGUAAACACCGGAAAGAUCGGCUACAAGAUUUAAUUGAUAUAGGCUUUGGCUAUGAUGAGACAGAUCCAUUUAUUGAUAACUCAGAGGCUUAUGAUGAAUUAGUUCCUGCUUCUCUAACAACAAAAUAUGGAGGCUUUUAUAUCAAUACUGGCACUCUCCAGUUUCGCCAAGCUUCAGAUACUGAAGAGGAAGACAUUACAGACAACCAAAAGCACAAGCCACCCAAAAUUCCCAAAAUAAAAGAAGAUGACAUUGAGAUGAAGAAGCGGAAACGGAAAGAGGAAGGGGAAAAGGAGAAGAAGCCAAGGAAAAAAGUACCCAAACAACUGGGAGUUGUGGCUCUAAAUUCACACAAAUCUGAAAAAAAGAAGAAACGUUAUAAAGAUUCUCUUUCUCUAGCUGCCAUGAUACGAAAAUUUCAAAAAGAGAAGGAUGCAUUAAAGAAGGAGUCUAACCCUAAAGUCCCGGUGAACUUACCAACCUCCUCUCUGCAUAAACCCCCCUCUGCUGCUGUAGCAUUGGGAAAUGAUGUCUCAGACCUAAAUCUGAACAGUGCUGAUCCAGACCUCCCCAUUUUUGUUAGCACAAAUGAACAUGAACUAUUUCAGGAAGCUGAAAAUGCCCUAGAGAUGCUAGACGAUUUUGACUUUGACAGAUUAUUGGAUGCUGCUUCUAAUGGUAGCCCCCUCUCUGAGUCAGGGGGAGAGAAUGGAAAUGCCACCCAGCCAACCUAUGCCGCUCAGGUUAUGCCCAAGGUGGUGCCUACACUCCCAGAGGGUCUACCUGUCCUUCUUGAAAAACGUAUCGAAGACCUCCGUGUAGCUGCCAAACUUUUUGAUGAAGAAGGAAGGAAAAAAUUCUUUACACAGGAUAUGAAUAAUAUUCUUCUGGACAUUGAGUUACAGCUACAGGAACUAGGCCCUGUCAUUCGCAGCAGUGUCUACUCCCAUCUUGAAGCUUUUGUGCCAUGCAAUAAAGAAACACUGGUCAAACGUCUAAAGAAGUUGCACCUCAACGUCCAGGAUGAUCGUUUAAGAGAACCCCUGCAAAAACUGAAACUGGCUGUUAGCAAUGUCAUGCCCGAACAGCUGUUUAAGUACCAGGAGGACUGCCAGGCUCGUAAUCAAGCUAAGUGUGCCAAGUUUCAAACAGAUGAAGAACGAGAGAAAAAUGGAUCCGAGGAAGAUGAUGAUGAGAAACCAGGGAAACGUGUCAUAGGACCAAGGAAGAAAUUCCACUGGGAUGACACCAUUAGAACUUUGUUAUGUAACCUUGUUGAGAUCAAAUUGGGAUGCUAUGAGUUAGAGCCAAAUAAAAGCCAGUCUGCUGAGGAUUAUCUUAAAUCCUUUAUGGAGACAGAGGUGAAACCAUUGUGGCCUAAGGGCUGGAUGCAGGCAAGAAUGCUUUUUAAGGAAAGUCGGAGUGUACAUAAUCAUCUUACUUCUGCUCCGGCAAAGAAAAAGGUGAUUUCUGCACCUAAACCCAAAGUGAAGGAGUGUAGUCCAAAAAAGGACCAGAAAACGUCUGCACCCUUGGUGGCUUCAGUUGGUGGUCCUUCGACGAGCUCUAGCACAUCGGCUGUGGCCUCCACCAGCUCUAGCUCUACACCAGCCCAGGAGACGAUUUGCCUUGAUGACUCACUAGAUGAAGAACUUUCUUUUCAUCCACCUGCACUGGAUCUUGUUUCGGAAGCUUUAGCUGUUAUCAACAAUGGGAACAAGGGCCCUCCAGCUGGCUCAAGGAUAAGUCUGCCAACUGCGAAACCUCAUCCAGGACUGAGAGAAGAAAAAUUAGCAAGUAUCAUGAGCAAACUGCCACUGGCUGCUCCCAAAAAACUAGAUUCUACUCCAACUGCACAUUCAUCAAGUCUUAUUGCUGGUCACACAGGGCCAGUACCAAAGAAACCCCAGGAUUUAGCUCAUACUGGCAUCUCUUCAGGCCUUAUUGCUGGUUCUUCAAUUCAGAACCCUAAAGUUUCCUUAGAACCUUUGCCGGCCAGGCUACUUCAACAAGGACUCCAGAGGUCAAGCCAGAUCCAUGCUUCUUCCUCUUCACAGACCCAUGUCUCCUCUUCUUCCCAAGCCCAAGUUGCUGCCUCCUCUCAUGCUCUGGGAACAUCAGAGGCCCAAGAUGCUUCUUCGUUAACACAAGUAGCAAAGGUGCACCAGCAUUCAGCUGUCCAGCAGAACUAUGUGUCCCCAUUACAAGCAACUAUUAGUAAAUCACAGACCAAUCCAGUGGUGAAAUUAAGUAAUAAUCCCCAGCUUUCCUGUUCAUCCCCACUUAUUAAGACUUCAGAUAAGCCACUCAUGUACCGCCUUCCCAUAUCUACUCCCCAACCUGGAAAUGGUUCUCACGGGUCCCACUCCCUGGUUUCUAGGACAGUACCUAGCACCACUACCUCCAGUAACUAUUUAGCCAAGGCUAUGGUGUCACAAAUCUCCACGCAGGGUUUCAAAUCUCCCUUCUCAAUGGCUGCAUCCCCCAAACUUGCCGCAUCUCCAAAACCUGCCACAUCUCCUAAACCCUUGCCCUCACCUAAGCCUUCUGCCUCACCCAAGCCCUCUCUGUCAGCUAAGCCUUCAGUAUCAACUAAACUUAUUCCUAAGUCCAACCCAACUCCCAAGCCUACUGUAUCCCCAAGUUCUUCCAGUCCAAAUGCACUAGUGGCCCAGAGUAGCCACUCCAGUGGUAACAACGCAGUCCAUAAACAGCCCAGUGGAAUCAACAUCAGCAGACAGUCUCCCACCUUGAAUUUAUUGCCCUCCAGUCGCACUUCAGGCCUUCCGUCUACAAAAAAUCUUCAAGCCCCUUCAAAGCUGACAAACUCAUCAUCCACUGGAACUGUUGGGAAGAACAGCUUGAGUGCAAUUGCAGUGAAUGUACCUGCCAGCAGAGGUAGCAACCUUAACUCAAGCGGAGCCAAUAGGACUAGUCUAUCUGGGGGAACAGGAAGUGGAACACAGGGUGCUACUAAACCGUUGUCUACUCCACAUAGACCAUCCUCUGCCUCAGGGUCUUCAGUGGUAACAGCCAGUGUGCAGUCCACAGCAGGAGCAUCAUUAUUGGCUAAUGCCUCACCUCUGACUCUCAUGACAUCACCUUUGUCUGUAACAAAUCAAAAUGUGACUCCUUUUGGGAUGCUGGGUGGCCUUGUUCCAGUGACCAUGCCCUUCCAGUUUCCCUUGGAGCUACUUGGCUUUGGAACGGACACAGCUGGAGUGACAACCACCUCGGGAUCUACCUCAGCCGCUUUCCACCAUAGCCUAACUCAGAAUUUACUAAAGGGUUUACAGCCAGGAGCUCAGCACGCAGCAACACUUUCCCACUCACCUCUGCCUACACACUUGCAGCAAACAUUUAAUGAUGGAGGCCAAAGUAAAGGGGACACUAAAUUACCACGGAAAACUCAGUGACUUCCCAGCAAGCAAAGGAAAUGACACACUCGGCUGGCUGACGGAAUCUACCUGAUGGGAAAGUACUCAUGUGGUUAUAGGGCUGCUGUUCUGUCGAUGUUUACAUUCUCUCGUCCCAAGCACUGUGGUGAGGAGGAAAAAGAAAAGGAAACAUUACUUGAGUAAAGCCAGGUGCAGGAGGAAGAAAUGCUUUCGUACAAAGUUAGUGACCUUUGGUCUCUUCUAAAGAAAGACAAAGUUACCAUAUUAACUGACUUGAAAGAGACUCAGUUGUCAAACCCACAGAAGUACAAAUUUGAUUUUUCCCGGGGGCGGAAGAAGGAAAUUGAGGAUUUGGGUAAACUCCAUCCAUCCUAGGGGUUGGAUCUGAACACUUGUAGACAUAAUUGCAUAAUAAAAGGCAGCAUAUCUGAAAUUAGGCCAGUUUGUCAGAAUAAUCAUGUCUAUUUGAGUGGACUGUGCAGCAAAUUUGCCACAAAAAAAGUUAAUGACCCUAUGUCUGAUACAGACAUUAGCUAAGUAUAAAUCAUGUACCCUCAAAAAUCCUGAACAAACUUGAAUCUUCCAGUGUGUAGCAACUCCCCAUGUAAAUCAGUGGACUAAAGAUGCUUCAGGAAAGUUAUUUUAGCACAGUGAUAUAUAUUAUUACAUUUUUAAAAGUCAAAAAAAUUGAGCCUAUUGCUCUUAACAGAUGAAACUUAGAUGUCCCCUUUUUGUAAAAGGGUCAAUUACAUCUUUCAUUCAGAAGCAGGUACUUAACUCUCUUCUUCAGGUGAUUUGUGCAUCUGGAAUUCACUGGUUAAUUCUUAUUUCCAUUCUUGAUGAUAAAAUGUGACUGUGUUCACAUUUUCCUCUUGAGAAGUGGGGAUUGUUGCUGUAGGGCUGCAGCUUUGGUGCACGGAGCCCUCGCAGGCCUGCCAGUAUCAACUGUAAAUUCCCCCAGCAUCACCUCACUUCAGGACGUCUGUUCUUUUAGCUAGUGGUAUUUCAGGUGAUUAUUAACUGUUGAUAUAAACAGGAGUAAGUGUGUAUUACAGCACUUCUUCAUUGGUCAUUCAAAUGGCAUAUAUGUAUUUUUGGAAUUUUGAAGAUGGUAUUUUAAAGGGAGGAAUUAAAUUAGGAUCAUUAUGUGUACAAGGGAUUAUUUUUAUAACAAUCACAGUGUAUUUUUACUCCCUAUGUCCAGUGUAGUGAAAGUGAUUUGGAGCAUUUGGGAUCUUAAAGCUUUACUAAUAUUUACUCAGUAUUGAUACAUGAGUAAACCUGCAGAUAAUAAGUCUCCGUUAAUAUAGCUUCCUUGUGCAAAUAGCAUAUUCAGCAAAGGAUGUUAAGGGAGAAAUUUAUGGUUAUGUUUAGAUACAUUUUAUUUGAUUUUUUUCACCUCAUUGUUGUUCUGGUCUCUCCCUCUCUCUUUUCUUCCUUUUUCUUCCUAUUCCUAUUUUCUUCCUAUUCCUAUUUCAGACUGUACCCCAAAGUGGUGUAGGCUUGGUCCAUUAAGAAUGACAUACUAAACUUAAAAACGGCAUCAGACUGGUAGUAGCAAGAUGUCUUGCAUGUUUUCAUUAAAAAUCAUCCUGUACUCUUACAUUUGUUCAGAUAAGGGUAUUAACUAGUCCCUUUUUUCCUUUCAUAAGCAAAAGCCCCACACAGCCUCUAGGACUGUGAAUAAAUUACCACAGACUUCUUCAGAAUUGUAAACCUGUAUUUUGACCUCAAAGUCACAUUGGCUUACUUCAUAGCAAAGUAGUUAAUAACUGAAAACUUCAGUUCUAAGAACUUGUUACAGUAAGGGGAGAGGGUUAUUUCAAAGGAAAUACUGAUGCAAUUACUUGUCUCUGAGAGUUUAGUUUACCAGUAAAGCAAAUAAGAAUGUUGUAUCAACCCUGGUGGAUUUUGGGAGGAUAUUGGGAUGUGGCAGAUAGGUUUGACUUGACUACGUUUGAUUAAAGAUUAUUUUUUAAUUAGGGAAGCUUACCCAUUACUUGAGUUAUUCCAAUGUAGCAUACCUCUUACUUUUAUCUACUUUAGAAAAAAAGUCUUUGCUAACAUAUAGGAAUUUUCCUUUGUUUUACUUCCCAUACCAGAGAGAAGUCAGAGUGCACAUUAAUCUCUCUUCCUGCUGAUAAUUGUGCAUGUAUUCAUCUGUGUGUGUGUAUAUCUAUACACAUGUAUUUAUCUAUAUAUUUUAGUAGUUUAAGUCAAGGAAUAGCUUUAAUUUCUUAAAUCCAUCUGAAUCAAGCCAUGUGAAGAUCCCUGAUGACUCUUUGUUAGAGAAGAACAGGACUCCAUUCCCCCCGCCCCCAAGUAUCAUUUUAUAAGUAACCAGUAAUAACACCUGCAGGCCCUUGGCCCCAAGAAAUCCUCCUACGUGGAGAUUCUGUUCUAGUCUCUUAGUCCUGAUUCCAUGAGGACUGCUGCCAGAUCCUCACCUCACCCCCAUCACAGUUCCACUCCUUAGUCCGUUUCACUCAAGACUACCCUUUUAUGUUGUACAAAUGAAACAAACAUCCUUAUAUUUCUUAAUAAGUAUGAUCAGAGGGUUACUACAUGUAAAUAUGUAUUUCUUUUCUAGGUCAUAACAUUGAAAAUGGUGUCCAUACUGUAUAGUCAUGUAUCUUUACAGUUUUUCUUACUAAAAACAUACAAAUUGGUUAUUUUUUAGCACAGAGACUUGUGACUCAUACUCUAUUUUUGCACUUGAAAGUCAAAUUAUGUUAUUUUUUAAAAUGGUGAGUAAUUGGAGAGGAUAUAGAGCAAUGUGUAUUUCUGAAGAGCAUUAGCAACAUCCCAAUGCAAAAGUAAUCAGCACACUUAAUUAUGUCCCAUUCAGCGGGAUUCUUGAUUCAGGAAAAGUAAGCUGUUUGUUUUCAACUGUCUUGUAUUUUAAAUUGCCUUCACUGAUGUAUAAGCUGUUACUGUACAUACAAGUUAAUCCUCAGUAUUCACAAGCAAUAAUGAAUGGUCAGCAGAGUUGUCUUCAGAGACAGCAGUGCUGAGCCUCGGUUGGAGACUGAGAGCAAAGUGUCAAGCUCAUUCAGAGCCUCCAAAAUAGAUGUAAGCAAUAAUAAGUCAAUGUAAGUCCAUUAUAAUUCUUUCUCAUAUGCUUCUGAGAUCAGAGGGUAAAAGAAAUCAUGAUUUUAAAACAGGCUGAAGAAAUUAGGUUUUGGGAAAAGUGAGGUUAAUCUGAAGUCACAAAAUCCUGGUAUUCUGAGGGAAUCGGAGGAUUGUGUUAGUCCAUUCUUUCAUGCCUACCACACCCCUUUGAUGGAUGUUGUUAGCCCAAAUUACUUUUUUUAUAUCAUAGAGGCUGAAUAGUGUUUAUUGUAUCAUCAAGGUAGGAGGAAGAACCGGGCACACACACGUUUGAAUGCUGUGGGUUUGACACCUGUUUGAAAACAACUUACAUGAAAAGAUUUUUAACCCAGGAUUUUUUUUUCCCAAAGCAGAUCUAAAUUGUUUACUACCCAGGGUUGGAAAGGGCAGACACCUCUAGUCUUUCUCUUCUGGUUGCCCUCUGCCAUACCCCUUUCCACCUCUACUUGGUUCAAGACAUUUUCUGAAAUGGAAAUUCUACUGUUACUCAAACUGCCAUUGAUUAUGAGAAUGCUAUGUCCCUUGGGAUCAUCUCUUAGAACUCCAGUUAUCUAUCAGAUUUGCUGCUACAUUUGUAAAGUGAACUUUGCCUGUAUUGGUCAACUUUAAUCUAAUUUACAGUUCUUUAUUUCUAGGAGGUUUUGUCAUAUAAUUUGACCCAUGUAUAGAAUUAGCAUACUUUAUUUUAGGAGUGUAACAUAAAAGCACACUGGUCCCUGUAUUCUUUUUAUCAUCAUUUAGGUUUUGAAUUUGUGUUUGCUUUUUUUGUUUGUUGAUACUUGUCUUGUUUUAAGUUAGAAAUAGAAGAGUGAGUGAAAUGUAUAAUCAGGCCAAACUUGAGAACUUUUCCCUGUGCUUCAGCACCAUAGUUUCUGCUGACCUUAUGUUCUCAGAAGGGCACUUUUAUCUAUUGUGCAUGUAUGGUUGUUUUCUGUUUUGUUUUGUUUUGCUUUACGCUUUGGGGGGACUUUUGUUUUUAUAAUAAUGAAGCAGAGGGAAAAUGCAGUAGUGGGUAAAUGACUGAUUACAAACAUGUUAUGCAAUUUUAUUUUAUAAAAUUUAAGGGGAAAGGUUUAACUCUGUAAAUCAUUUCUUAGCCCUGGUAAAAUGGCUUAUAUUACUCCUCUAAAACAUGCUCAAUUCAGGCCUUUGUCUUUGUUAAGUGCCUUUUUUUCUUUCUUUUUUCCCCUCUUUUGAAACUGUUCUCAGAUGUCCUAAAGUAGAGGCUAAUAAGUCAGGGGAUUCAGGAGGAAGAAUCUCAAACUUGCCAAGAUCACGUCAUGCUGUAAUAUUCUUCCUUUUCCUUAUAUGUAUAUGGAUAUAUGUGUAAGAUACAUACUAAGAUACAUAACGUACAUGCAUACAUAUAUAUGUGUAUAUAUAUGUAUACGUAUGUAAUAUAUAUAUAAAACUAGUAGCUGCUAUACCAUUGCAUCCUUGCUAAGCACUCCCCUUUUAAUGUUUGCAAGAUUUCUGCCUUGUUUAUUCCACUGCUUUAGUCAAUUCAAAUGGGUGGAUUGGGAAGUUGUCUUUUCACAAGAUACUUUCUUCCCCCUUUGAAUAUCUGUAGAAGUUAACAACAACAAAUAUAUAUAUAUAUUAUAUAUAUAUAUAUAUAAUAAGUCAGUUAUUACAAGUAAAAUAAAUUUAGUGGAUUCAUUGACCAUUCCUGGAUGUAACCCAUUGCUUUGUGCCCUUCAAACUUGUCGCAAGUAAUAUUGAAGAAAGCAUUGGAAUAACAAGAGUCUUUCUGGGUCAGGUUGACAAGGUACACUAUGGCAGGCAAGACUAAGGACACGCGAGAACUAGAGUUAGAACCAUGGUGGUGUAUCUCAGUUUUGAAGGAAGUUAGCAACUUUGUCAACAUUAAAAAUACGUCAUAUGUUCUUCUGGGAAAUGAUUUUUGAAGGAUUCCUAUAGCUGCAUAUCCAUCAAAGGGUUAAGAAACUUAGAAGUAGAAAGAGUUCAGACACUGCGCAGAACACUCAUAUAACCUAUAGCAUUCUUGAGAGUUUUCUUACUUGCGAGAUAAUUGCAUUUGGCUUAUUAUGAUUUGAUGGCUAUUUAGGUUUCUCCCUUGAGCGAAAUAACAUAAUAUUCAGUAUCUAAGAUUCAUCUGUCUCUGGUGGAAAACAGAUGUGACAUGUUAUGGGAGACUAAGCUGAAUCAAUCCUCAGAACCCAGUACAAAUAUAUCUAAUAAAUGCCCCCUUUUAAAUACAUUUUAACUGAGCAGAGAAGACCGGUGGCCAAAAAGGACAAAGCAGAGACUUCCGGUAGGGUAACUGAUAGCUGUUAUCAGGCAGCCUCGUUUCGGCUGUGUUACUCUUGUAUUACUGUGUUUAGGGGGAAUAUCAUUUAACCUUUGUGCCUCAGAUUACCCAUUAGAAAAUUGGGUAUAAUAUUCACCUACCUCCCAGGGAUAUCACAGACUUUUUCAAAAAUAUUUUGAGUUUUUCUGAAAUGUCCUAUAUAAUUUUAAAAGUAUUAUCAUCUUCCUGCAAAGGCUAAAAAAAUUUUCCCUAUGAUGGGUUUAAAAAGCACCCUAUGAUUUUUAAGUUUAAAAGAAUCACUGGAAUUCUAAUUUAGAUGCAUAUUUGUUAUUUAAACAUACUAUAUUUGUGGUGGGAUAAAGUAGUUAGUGUCAGGUUAAUAAGUGGGGAGGGGGUAAAUAACACUAAGUUUCUUAAUUAUAAGUAGAUUUUUUUUUAGCCUUUAUGGUGUAAUUACAUGUGUGAUUUUUGCCAGGGUUGUGGAGCUGAAGCUAGGUAAAGCUUGGAUGAUUGGUUAUUGGAGUUGAUAAAUGGUCCCGAAAGUUUUAUCUGCCUCACUUUGCCAUCUUCUCAAUCUAAUUUCCUUAUAUUACUUAUUUGGUGAUGGAUAGCUAAGCUUUUAACCUUUUAAGAAUGAAAGGGCGUCUCCUCAUUCCUAUAAAUCAGAGAUUGUUUAUUAUUCCUUUAAUCAUAGGUUUAUCCAACUUUGCACUGAAGGGGCAAGCACUACACACAGUCAGUUGGGUAGACUUUUAGCCAGUCUACCUUUGUAAUUUAUGCUUCUUCAACCCAUGAAAGAGUUGGAGCCAUGAACUGCUCAGGUUGUAUGAAAUGGGAGACGGGAGGCAGGAUUCUCUUCCUCGCUGGGGCGGCUGGGGGAGGGAAAUGUGUUUUGCUCAACUCCGAGGAGGAAAUGAAGGUUAUCUUAUCCCACCUUCCAUCCUAGUAUAUUAAACAGUAAUACACAGAAUUUUCCUCUUAUCACUUUCAACAACAGGAAAGAAUGGAUGCCACCUUUCUAGUUAGAGCUAAAUGCUGAGCAACGGUUGUUAGAGGGUGUGUGUAUUUAAACUGUAGCACAUAUUCAAGGUCAGGAAGAAGAAUGUAGUGGGAUGAGGAACAGAUUAUCCAGCUGAAGUGAGUGAGGAGAACGCACCAGGCCCAAGCAGACAAAGCCUCUGGGUUAAUUCCCAGAACUGGCCAAGGCCCAUUUAAUCUCUAGUGAUAGGACAUUUUUUCUUAAAUAUCACUGUUUGGUUCUUUGUUGCUUUUUCCAGAUAAAGCCUUAGUUAGUCGCCUCUAAAUAUCAACUAUGCAGAUAAACAUACAAAUUUUCCACAUUUUCUCCUCUUUUUCCAUUCUUUAAAUAACAGGUAUUAAUUAAAACUUCUACCCAAAGAAAUAAGGCAUAAGGGUUUUGUUGCAUGUGUGUUUGUUCCUGUAGGGAAAAUUAAUGGAAACAUGAAAAUAGAGAUAUUUUGUGUGUUCAUCUGUCCUAAAAUGUGAACUUUAUAUUCAAAAACUAAGUACAGAUUCUUUUACUGGUGCAAAACUAUAGUUAGAAUCAUGGAAUGUCUUUGGGUUGUUAAGAUAAAACCAUCCCAGUGUUCAAUUCUGAGAAAGUUUUAGAUUCUGUGGCAGUGAUCAGGUUUGUGGAGCUGAACAGAUGGUCAGACUCUAAUUAAAAAAUAGCUUUGAAUAUUAAUGUUGAAUUCUUAUUCUUCAUUUUUGUUAGUCUUCAUUCUUCUUUCCUCUUGUCUGAGCUCUUAACCGUUUCAUCAACCAGUUGCUACACUAGAGUAUAAUCUGCCAGGAGUCCGCGGAGGAAACGUUAAACUGUCUUUCACCUCCUUUUCUCACUCACAUUGGCCAUCUAUCCUGUGUCCCCCACUGAAUUCAGAAGUAAUGACUACAGGCAUAUUCUAGGAGACUGUUUAUAUCCCAGCACAGACUCAGACCAGGCCUGGGAGGAUUUAAUCAGACUGCUUUUGAAUAACAAUAUUAAAUUACAUGUUUCUCAGAUACUCCCAAAGUACCGUUUGCUUGAAAGUAGCUAUUUGUGAUCUUUAUUUAAUUUCCUCAUACUGUAAUGCUUCUCCUUUCCAGUCUUUUUUACAUAUUUCCAUUUUAGAGUGAGUUAGUACUUAAUUUUGGACACUUUUCCGAACUGUUACCCAAACAGGUCAAGAAUACUUUAAAAAAUCUCAGUAGUAUAAUUAAGGAGGUCUGUAUGUCCAGGACUUAGAAUCAUCACUGGUGACCUGAAAUUUUUUUCUCCUCUCCUUUGUAUUAAAAAUAGGUUUAUCUACUAUAUAAUGCGAUAGUAGCUGCAUUUCAUGGAUUCUCCUUGAUACUUUUCAAGGCUGUUCAAAAGAGAUGCAGACCUUUGGCCUCUUAUUUCUCAUAAUACUUUGCCUUGCUUAUUUUCAUACCUCCCCUGGAUUCAGCCUCUUCUGCAAAGGUCUGAGUCAGACUGGCCAUAUGAAUCCUUAAUACCAAUUUUAUGUUCCUCAGAACACUAUACAUUAUUUGCUCCCAUUUUGCUGAUAAUAAUAUAAUUCUAUUUUAUCUUAAAUCUAGUUAUAACAUAUUUUGUAAUAAAGCACUAAUGGAAACCUAAUAGAAAAACAAACAAGAUGAUUAUUACCCAAGAUAACUUUUUAAGUUAACAGCUCCACCUGUCCUUUACGCACAUUUAGGAGUCAGCAGUAACCAAGACCAGCCAGUUGGCAUGUUUUUCUAUAUAUGACAACCUGCCCUUAAUUUGUUAGAUCUUAGCUAUCUUUUAUUUUCUGUCCUUGCAGCCACACAUUUUCCUCAUUUUGUGCUUAUCUCUUCUGUUUGCAGGGGUACUGUGCCCUGUGCCAGCAUAUUGGGUUUUCUUUCCCAUACCUGCAAAAUUACCAAGAAUUACCCCAGUUAUGGCCAGAGGCAUUAAAAGAGAAGUUAUUCUCAGUUGACAAAGGUAUUAAUUACUAUUUUAUAUAGUUAGUUGGAAAGUUGACCAAAUUUGGCCAACUUUUCAAAUCCUGGCUAUGGUUACAUAAUUUAAUUACAUAGACCUUCUGAGACCUUCAGAUAAGCAAAGAGCCCUUUCACCUGUAGAGAUAGGUUCCCAACCUACAAAUAAUUUCCUCUAAUCCAUGGCAGCCUCCAGAGAAAAGAUUCAAGCUUUGUACUGACCUUUUGUGAGCUGUCACUGAAAAAUUAUAUUAUAGAAUGUAUCAGAAAUACCUGAUUGUUCUUAAGAGUAUGUAAAUCUGGAGCUUGCCCAUAUGUGUUGCUUGCUAAACAUUGUUAAGCUUAAAAGAAGAGGAAAGGAAAUCUCUGGCUGGUGAAAAUUUUGUGCCCCAAAUAAUAUGUUAAUCAAAGUCUAUCAAGGUAACCAAGUGAUGAAUGUUUUCUCUUUCAUUACAAGCCAGAAAGUUUAUUUGCAGUUGUAAAACUUAUCGUGGGACUGCAGACUUAUUUGUAUAACUGAUUGGAAAUAAGGAUUCUGAUUUUUAGUCUGGGUAAGCACAUAUUUCCAGCCCUUGCUGUAUGAAUUUUGAUAAGGGAAAGACUUUUGUUUGGUAACAGAAGGAAAAACAGGACUUAUUUAUACAGUGAAUGUUCACUCUAUAGAGGAACUUCCCUCUGGUUACACAUCAUCUUACUUUAGCCACCUCCACACUCGAUGUAGAAGCCAACAUGUUUUACAGCCAGUCUUGAAGGAGCCUAAGUAAUUCUGCUCCUCUGGGUGAAAGGCCCUGGUAACUGCAUAGUGUUUGUUUAUAGGGAGGUGUGUUUUUGCUAACUUGAAGGGAUAUACUGUAUUUUAAAUAAGUAUGUGACUUAAUAUUUGGGGAUUUUUUUUCCUCCUUUAAAACUGGACCUGAAUACAGCUUUGAGUUGAUAUUUGUAAUAAUCUCAGGACCUGAAAGAUUGUAGCAUUUAGUGUGUCUUAAAAAUUAUGUACUGUACCAGCCAUGGAUUUUUGUAAAUAUACCUGUCUCCCUUUUUUGUAUUAUUUUAGUAAAAAAAAAAUAAUAAAUUUAAAUAAAAGGGGGUGGUGAUGACAUGUGAAUGGGUGUGGGUGUGUAUGUGUGUGUGUUUGUAUAAGGCUCUUUUGAGAUGAACUGGUGCUUGUUUAAUUUCCGGCUCUAAUCAUUAGAGCAGGAAUAUGGACAAACUGCUGCUACUGAACCCUGCACUGAGCCUAGGCGUUUCCAUCGUGUUUCCUAGUGAUUGAUUAAAUACACGCGAUCGGGGAAAUGGCUAAGAGGUUAAGUUCUUCUUCCCACUGCCAUCUUGCCUUUGCAUUCUCAGUUCGACAUACCUUUUGAAUUUUAAUGGUAAAGCUUUCCGAACUUCGGGUGGUUUGCUGAUCUCUAGUUUUUAGAGAGCUCUUGUCACUAUUUUCUAAGAAGAAAGAAGGACGUGUAAAUUUUUUUAACCAAAAAAAAGGAAAGUUACAAUUCAUAAAACCCUGAUGAGUCUGGACAUGUGAGAGGGCUUAAACAUUCCUAAAUGUGGACCUGUAAAUUUAGUGAAUUAACCCUAUAGAUAUACUCCUUCAGUGCAGGGAUUUUUUUUUUCUUGCAACAGCCUUGCUCAUAUUCCAGGUUUAGCUAAGCAAACCCCUGUUUUAAAGCAGGAGCCUUAUUUGAUUCAGUGUAGAUGUUUUCCUGUCUAUCCUUUGUGACAGGGCCUUUUACAUGAGUGUUUUUUCUUUUUGUAUGUGUUAUGUGUUUGUUGUAUUAAAUAAAGAGGAAUGUACAUAUUA